GAUGUGGCUCGAGCAUUAAACUACCUUCACCUAAAGAAACCAUCUCCUAUCAUUCACCGCGAUGUUAGCAGUGCCAAUGUGUUGUUAUGGCGACAAGGUGAUCAAUGGCGAGGCAAAGUGUCAGAUUAUGGCACAGCUAAAUUUAUGCAGCAGACCAUGACAGUUUGUCCUGGUGCCAGGAUAUACAGUGCACCCGAGGCAUUUACUACAAAUCAGACUGAGAAGGUUGAUGUGUACAGUUUUGGUGUUCUUCUGUGUGAGAUUUGCACCCGGGAACAGCCAGACCCUGAACGGCGUAAAGAACAAGUUGUUAGGGUUAAAAACCGUGCGACUCGAGCUCUUAUUAGAAGAUGUUUGCAUCAAGAUCCUAAAGCGAGACCCAGUAUGGAAGACAUCAUUCGUGAACUACAAAAAUAGUUUGACUUUUCAAUCUAACUGCAUGAAUCCUCAACGUUGUUUAAUUUUGACAUUUUUGAAGGUAGCAGCAUCAUUGUACAAACAUCUAUUAAGUUAUGAAAAUUUUUAAAGCUAAAAAAACCGCCUUUUUUAGCAAUGAAUUGCUCCCACGAAAACACUUAAAAUACAUCAAAAUGUAAACUUUGAAGAAAGAAUGGAAUACCUUGCCUUUCUACACGAGCUUCAAAACAGUUAAGGUUUUAAGAUCUUGUAAUCUGCCAAAGUUCAUCAUCCUCAAAAUCAUCACUUUUAGUUCAUCUCUAUCGUUUAUACCGAUAUGAUAACUUACCGUAGAGGAAAAAAUCACUUUGACAAAAGAGACUGAACUUUGACAAGACACCAUCGUGAAACGGUUUUAAACUUGUUUCGUUUGGUUCAGUACAUCGGUCUAAAUUUUUUUCGUGUAAUCAUGUUUUGAUCUUGAGUGAGUGUUUAAACAUUAAAGAAAAUACCAUUAGAAAAAUCUUAGAUUUCUUUGUUUGGAGAAGAACUCUGUCUUUUUCAGUCAAUUGAAAAAAUAGCUGAUGCAAAAAGUAAAGUGAUCAAUAUCAUUCUGAGAUUCUGUAAAUUGAUAGUUUUUUUGGAUUCUUAAAUAUAUUCUUUAAUAAAUUCAUAUUUCGUUGAUUUUAA